AUGGAGUUGGGAAAUGGCACCAGAGUAAAAGAAUUUAUAUUUCUGGGAAUUACCCAGUCCCAAGAUCUGAGCUUGAUCUUGUUUCUUUUUCUGGCUCUUGUAUACAUGACAACUCUGCUGGGAAACCUCCUCAUCCUGGUCACCGUCACCUGUGAGUCUCGCCUUCACACCCCCAUGUACUUCCUGCUCCGCAAUCUCGCCAUCCUUGACAUCUGCUUCUCCUCCAUCACUGCUCCCAAGGUCUUGGUGGACCUCCUGUCAAAGAGAAAGACCAUCUCCUACGCAAACUGCAUGACACAGAUAUUCUUCUUCCAUCUCCUUGGUGGGGCAGAUAUUUUCUCUCUCUCUGUGAUGGCCCUUGAUCGCUACAUGGCCAUCUCCAAGCCCUUGCAUUAUGUGACCAUCAUGAGCAGGGAGCGAUGUUUCGCCCUCAUUGCGGCCUCCUGGGUGGGGGGCUUUGUCCAUUCCAUUGUGCAGAUUUCCCUGUUAGUCCCCCUCCCCUUCUGUGGACCCAAUGUUGUGGACGGUUUCUACUGCGAUGUCCCCCAGAUCCUGAAACUUGCCUGCACUAAUACCUUUGCUCUUGAGAUCUUAAUGAUUUCCAACAAUGGCUUGAUUGUUGUCCUGUGGUUUGUCUUCCUGCUAGUGUCUUAUAUGUUCAUCCUCAUGUUGCUGAGGUCUCAGGCAGGGGAAGGCAGAAAGAAAGCCCUCUCCACCUGCACCUCCCACAUUAUUGUAGUGACUCUGCACUUUGUACCCUGCAUCUAUGUCUAUGCCCGGCCCUUCACUGCCCUCCCCUCUGAUAAGGUCAUCACUGUCACCUUCACUGUCAUCUCCCCUCUUCUAAAUCCCUUGAUCUAUACUCUGAGGAAUCAGGAGAUGAAGACAGCCAUGAGAAAACUUAAAAGUAGUGCCUUCUUGGGCCUGGAGCGAUAG